UAAAACACUUACACACACACAUACGCACACUCCUCUAACUCCUCCCACUGAGCAGCUGAGUGUGCUGUUAUCCUUUCGCACUUUGCUCUUCAUCACAGCUAGUGGACAUCUUUAGUAGACGUGAACCAACCAAGAGGCUUCAUACAAGCAGGAUGCCUUUCGGGGGAGGGAACAAGUGCGGCUGCUGCCAGAAGACGGUCUACUUCGCAGAGGAAGUGCAGUGCGAAGGGAAGAGCUGGCAUAAAUCCUGCUUCCUGUGCAUGGUUUGCAAGAAGAACCUGGACAGCACAACGGUGGCCGUGCACGUGGACGAGAUCUACUGCAAGUCGUGCUACGGGAAGAAGUACGGGCCAAAAGGCUACGGCUACGGCGGGGGAGCGGGGACCCUCAGCGUGGAUGCAGGAGAGGGGCUUGGAAUUAAGCCUCCAGUAGAAGCUCCGCACCAUCCUACCAAUAACCCCAACGCCUCCAAGUUCGCCAAGAAAGCUGGCGACGCCGAUGUUUGUCCACGCUGUGACAAAACGGUGUACGCGGCGGAGAAGGUUAUCGGCGGCGGCAACUCGUGGCACAAAGGUUGCUUCCGUUGCGCUAACUGCGGCAAAGGACUGGAGUCCACCACUGUGGCAGACAGAGAUGGCGAGAUCUUCUGUAAAGGUUGCUACGGCAAGAACUUCGGCCCCAAGGGAUUCGGUUUUGGUCAGGGUGCAGGAGCUCUGGCUCAUUCCCAGUGAAAUCCCAAGCUUCAAGCCACCUCCAUUUUGUCACGCUACUCCAGCUACAGCUACACGGAAAACAAAGCAACGUUCACCGACAGUUGCCAGUCAAAAAAGCUUUAAAAGUUUUCAAAGUUUUCAAAUUUUCAGGCAAAUAAUGAAGUCAUGCUAAUGUUUUUUGAUGUUGUUGUUGUUGUUAAACCUUUUAAAUUCAUCCCCCCCAAAAAAACACACACAACUUAAAGUGGUUGUUAAGUGGAGUAUUGAGGCCACACUUUACAGAAACGAAAAUAUUUGAAAAUAUAUUCAAAUUUAUAGGAAAAUAAAAGCUCUAAUGUUGCAAGAAUUUUUCGAGGGAAUAAAAGUUUUAUUCAUAAGAGGAAAAAAGAAAUCCUAAUUUGGCAAAAGUCAUAAUGAGAAAAAUGGUCACUUCGCACGAAAACGUAAUGGUCUUUUGGGAACCAUAAUAUUAAAAGAAACUAUUUUUAAAGUCACAACAUUAAUGACAAAAGUCAUAAUAUUGUGAGAGGAAGACAUCAUUUUUUGACAAAAAAAGUUGUAAUAUUACAACAAAAUGCCCGUGAUAUAAACAAGUAAAAGGUCAGUAUUGUAAGAAAGAAAAAAAAAAUUUUUGACAAAAAAAGGAUUUUUUUCAAAAAGAUUUUAAUCACAAAAUAGGUCAACACAAUUGUCACUUUGUAACAUCCUAACAUCGGUAUUAUAGUCAUAAUGUUAUGCCUUUUUUUCUCGUAAGAUUACAUUUUUUCCCCGAAAAAGUAGAUUUGCCUUUAUGAUUUUCCCAACUUUACGCCUUUCUUUAUUCUCGUAAUAUAAUUUAUUUUGCUUUAAGUGGUCCUAUUACUUUUUUAGAAAUGGACCAGUGCCAACCAAUUAUCCAAGAAUAACAUACAGUAUAGGGAUUUUUGCAAAGAUGCUAUUAUAUUUCCAUUUCCAUUACACGCACUGAUCUUCACUGCCAGCAUGUGUGCGAGCAGAAAAAAAGCAAACAUAAAGAGGUCAGCAGCCACAUAAAAUCAUAUUUGUACUUUAUAGAUGGUGACGUUGCGACCGCUUUUUUGUGCCUUGCAUGCCAAAUGUUAUCUUGGUGACAUGAAAAAUAAAUAUCCAGCAUCAG